AUAUUUUUAGAAAAAUCACUGGUGAGUGCGAUAAGUCAUUUAGCUCUUAUCCUACUGAAAUGAUAGUCUUUGAAAUAUUCAGUUGUUCAUGAGCGACAUAAGUUUAUCAAGAGUUGUCAAAAAAAAGUUGAUCAAUUUGUCACUGUAAAUAUGAAUAAUUAAUCUCGGUUUCACUAUGAUAACAAAUUGUAAAACUGUGCUCAUUCGUUAUGAACAUGGAUUUUCCCAGUACUCGUGAACUUUGUCUGUGAAAAAGAAAUCAUUUUCGAACGAAUAGUUUUAUUACUAGGUUUCUAUCUUAUUUACAAAUCUUGCACUACGCAUGGAUUACAUAUACAUAUCUUCUAUACAUACAUCCUCGUUUUUUCCUCGAGUCAUCGUGACAAUUUGCGUAGUACCGUCAAUGGGUUCGUGGAAUUAUGUGCAAAGUCUGCAAAGCCUUCCAGCAAAUAAAUAUAAACUGCUGACGAAUGAUCACGAUCUUAAACUAAAAAAAAAUGAACAAGUGCUCAAACAAUUUUUGGUUGAGUCAAGGAAAUCGUGAGUUGAAAAUUAUCAACAAAAACAUGCUCGACAGGAGAUGUACAUAGCUCGCUCUAUUUUGGGAAGAAAAUGACAAUGUAAAAAACAUAAAUCAAAAUUUUUUCGUGAUUGCAUCUAAAACGACAUGUCUGUAUUUGAAGUUGGUGUGAUGAUUAUGGGAAUGGGUUUAUGCGAGCUUGAGUACGGAUGUCGAGUCGAUUAGCAAUUAGUUCACUCUUAGGGACUUCCUUCCCGCGAUUCAAAUAACUACCGGACGUACAAUGACGGCACAGUGCGGCUGAUGAUGUACAAACCAUAAAAGAUCCACAGCCAUUCAUAUUAUUAUGUUGUCAUGACGUUAAAAAAAUUGUUUACGUCUGCACGCAGGUUGUUCAGACAUCAGGUAAAUAUACUUGUUUUCCUCGUUCUUUCCAUUAUUGAGUAAUACCAUCGAGUAGAAUAAUUUCAAUGGUUAUCUUGUUUUCGUAGUUAUUGAGAAAGCCUAGGAAAAUGUAGCGCAAAAUAAUUUGUUCCGCUGAGUAAAUGAAAACAAUUUACGAUGAUACAUCAAUAUUGUGAUGUUAUUGUGAGUUAAGGAGUUAUUUCCGAUAUACCCCCCUUUCAUGUUUUUUUUUUCAUUUUCUGGGAAAUGGAUCAGGUCAGAUUAGAUUAGAUUGACGCAAAAAAUAUACCGUUUUUAGGUUUUAUCAUUAUUCAGUUACCAUUAAAAGUUUUGCGAUUUUUGAAACAGUUUAGUGGAAACGUAAAAAGAUCCUCGACGGCGAUGAUACGUCGUAGCAUUAAAUAAUAAAACUUAAAACCGGUAUAUUUUGUUGUGUCAAUGUUAUCAGGUGUUUUCCAAAAAUGAUAAAAAUAUUAAAAGUCAGGGACUAUGGUCAGUGACUCUGUAAAUUGAUAUUUUAACAGUGAAAAAAUAUACUCUGAAACACGAUGAAUGGUGAAUUAAACUUUUAUCUGCCAGUGAGUCCAGAAAUCAAAGUCUAAUUCGUAAAUAUAAAGCUGUCGAUGUAACUAUAUUUACAAUUUGGCAGGCGAGAAGGAAAAUUUUGGCCUCGACAGUUCAAAGCGCACACUCGUGAUACCCUUUUUUUAAUUUAAUCAUGCACCUGAUAGUGUAGAUCAUCACGAGUUUAGCGUCUCCGGACGACAGAAUAUACCGGAACAAAAUGUAAAACGAUUUUCUAUAUUUAAUAUUAAAUAUUGUGACCUGAGAAAAUUUUCAAUACGUAAAUUAAUAUUUGAUUUUCAGUGGAAAACGUACAGAGGGGAUUUGACCUCUUGACAAUAAAAAUUCCUCAGAAUUUUUCUUUCUUAGAGACACACUUCUUGGUUGUUUAUCAAUGGAAUGUUUGGAGCAUCGCUGUAUCGCCGGAAAAUUCUUCAAUUUUCAUGUACAUACGGAGAAUUUAAGUAUCAAACAGUGGAAGUAUAUCCGUUAACACUGGCACGCGAUGACCCAGACAGAAUGGCGACUAACUCAAAGGUGGUUCUCGACUACUUUCACCUCUCUCUUGAGUUAUCUACGUUCCAUGUUACGUGAUUUCAUAUAAUAUUCGAAAUGAGGUACAGCGCAUGGUGAAAAUUUUUUUUUUUUUAUGGGCGAGAACUCGAGGGAAAAUGGAGCAGGGAUUGCUGUACGACGCGCAACCAGCCCAGAGGGUGGCGUAGUACGACGAAUGGGGACGGAGUUUAUCGAUUAGUGACGUCAUUUCACCCACUAUAACCUACGUCACGGCGACGUACAAAUGGAGCCAAGAGAGAGACAGGAGGGGAGAAUGAGUGAGACACACAGAAUUGAUGUAAGGACAGUCCAACUCUUGAAUCAACUCUGCAAUGAUUCACAGGACGAAGAUGAUGUAGUAGGUCGUGACGCAUGCUACGGGUGUUUCUUUCGAGCAAGUAAUAGACCCUCAGGAUAUCCAAUGCUAUUAUCAAUGUCAGCCUGUGCUAAUUUGUAUCUGGAUGACUCAAAUUAUGGCCACUGUAGUGCCUAUCUCAAGAACGCUACCAGCAAUGCGGAGACACGAGCCACCCCCACGACAAUUUAUUGCAUGUUUCUGGAGUGCAUACGUCAAGUGAACAAGGAUAGUCUGAUUCGUCAGUGCGUGAGAGAGGCCCUGGAUAUAAUCCCUGACUUCGUAAUGGAGGAUACACCUCUAGCCCAACUAUUCGUCAACACAACAGCCUGCAUUCUGGCAAAAACCCGUUGUGGAGGACUGAAUCCUAUUACCGGAUCAGAGCAGGAGCACCUCAACUUUUCCAAGCUCUCUAUCCCAUCGAUAAACGCAAUCUUAAUCAACUCUAACUACGACAUGAACAUUGUACAACUGCCAUUCGUCCAGGGAGCUAUUGAUGAUUGUGCUAAGUACAGAAACAUUCAACAAGCUUCAUGGCCUAGCGUUCAAUGUUGAAACGGAUUGGAUUCCUGAAGGACUCUGGUUCAUAACAGAAAAUGAAGUAAACAAAAUAAUAGACCAAAUGAACACAAAUUGUCACGCAUAGUUGAUUUAUACGAAACGAAGUUUGAGUAAAUGUACAGUUAAAAUGGAAAUUAA